GGCGGAGCCUGCGCCGAGGGGGCGGGGCGGCGCUCUAGGCCGAGCGGGAGGUCGGGGCUGCGGGCGCUCGCUGGUGGCGGAUCCGGAGGCGGCUGCGGUGGCGGGGCUCCGCGGCCGGGGUCGAAUCUGAUCGGGAGCCAUGAGCGUGGACAAGGCCGAGCUAUGCGGGUCUCUGCUCACCUGGCUGCAGACGUUCCACGUCCCGCCCCCCUGUACCAGCCCCCAGGACCUGAGCAGUGGCCUCGCCGUAGCCUCUGUGCUGAACCAGAUAGACCCUUCCUGGUUCAACGAAGCAUGGCUCCAGGGCAUCUCAGACGACCCAGGUCCCAACUGGAGGCUGAAGGUCGGCAAUCUGAAGACAAUCUUACAGAGCCUGGUGGAGUACUCCCAGGAUGUCCUGGGGCAUCCCAUUUCGGAGCAGCACAUCCCGGAUGUGAGCCUCAUUGGCGAGUUCUCGGACCCAGAGGAGCUUGGCAAGCUGCUUCAGCUGGUGCUGGGCUGUGCCAUCAGUUGCGAGAAGAAGCAGGAGCACAUCCAGAGAAUCAUGACCCUGGAGGAAUCUGUUCAGCAGGUGGUGAUGGAAGCCAUCCAGGAGCUCAUGACCAAAGACACCCCUGACUCCCUGUCAUUGGAGACAUAUGGGAACUUUGAUAGCCAGUCCCGAAGGUACUACUUCCUGAGUGAGGAGGCUGAUGAGGGGGACGAGCUGCAGCAGCGCUGUCUGGACCUGGAGCGGCAGCUGGUGCUCCUGUCAGAGGAGAAGCAGAGCCUGGCGCAGGAGAACGCGGUGCUGCGGGAGCGGGUGGGCCGGCCCGAGGGUGAGGGCGCCACCGGCCUCACUGCCAAGAAGCUGCUGCUGCUGCAGUCCCAGCUGGAGCAGCUGCAGGAGGAGAACUUCAGGCUGGAGAGCGGCAGGGAGGAUGAGCGCCUGCGCUGUGCCGAGCUGGAGCGAGAGGUCACCGAGCUGCAGCAGCGGAACCAGGCGCUGACCAGCCUGGCCCAGGAGGCGCAGGCCCUGAAGGAUGAGAUGGACGAGCUGCGGCAGUCCUCGGAGCGGGCCGGGCAGCUGGAGGCCACGCUGAACAGCUGCCGGCGCCGCCUGGGCGAGCUGCGGGAGCUGCGGCGGCAGGUGCGGCAGCUGGAGGAGCGCAACGCCGGCCACGCCGAGCGCACGAGGCAGCUGGAGGACGAGCUGCGCCGUGCGGGCUCGCUGCGCGCCCAGCUCGAGGCGCAGCGGCGGCAGGUUCAGGAACUGCAGGGCCAGCGACAGGAGGAGGCCAUGAAGGCCGAGAAAUGGCAAUUCGAGUGCCACAAUCUGGAGGAAAAGUAUGAGUCGGUGACAAAGGAGAAGGAGCGGCUGUUGGCAGAGCGGGACUCGCUGCGCGAGGCCAACGAGGAGUUGCGCUGCGCCCAGCUGCAGCCGCGGGGGCUGACCCAGGCCGACCCCUCACUGGAUCCCACCUCACCGGCUGUGGAAAACUUAGCAGCGGAGAUCCUACCUGCGGAACUCAGGGAGACGCUCCUGCGGCUUCAGCUGGAGAACAAGCGGCUGUGCCAGCAGGAGGCGGCCGACCGGGAGCGGCAGGAGGAGCUGCAGCGCCACCUGGAGGAAGCCAACCGCGCGCGCCACGGGCUGGAGACGCAGCACCGGCUGAACCAGCAGCAGCUGUCGGAGCUGCGGGCCCAGGUGGAGGACCUGCAGAAGGCCCUGCAGGAGCAGGGGGGCAAGACUGAGGACCCCAUUUCCGCCCUGCUGAAGAGGAAGCUGCAGGAGCAUCUGCGGAAGCUGCAUGAGGCGGAUCUGGAGCUGCAGCGGAAGCGCGAGUACAUUGAGGAGCUGGAGCCCCCCGUGGACGGCAGCACAGCGCAGCGCAUCGAGGAGCUGCAGCACAGCCUGCAGAAGAAGGACGCGGACUUGCGGGCCAUGGAGGAGCGGUACCGCCGCUAUGUGGACAAGGCACGCACGGUCAUACAGACCCUGGAACCCAAGCAGUGGCCACCAGGCGGGGCGCCCCCAGAGCUCUACUCCCUGAGGACACAGCUCCAGGAGCGGGAGGUCCGCAUCCGGCACCUGGAGAUGGACUUUGAGAAGAGCCGAAGUCAGCGGGAGCAGGAGGAGAAGCUGCUCAUCAGUGCCUGGUAUAACAUGGGCAUGGCUCUGCAGCAGCGUGCCGGGGAGGAGCGGGCACCCGCACAUGCCCAGUCCUUCCUGGCGCAGCAGCGACUGGCCACCAAUGCUCGCCGUGGACCCCUGGGACGCCUGGCAUCCCUGAACAUGCGCCCCACCGACAAGCACUGAUGGACCUCGGGGUGCUGCUACCUGCACCGCCAGUCAGGCUUAAUCCACCCUGGAUUUCCCAACUCACAUGGAGCCCAGCAUCAUGUCCAGGCCAGCUGCUUGAGAGCCUUGAGGUCGUGACCUCUGUCUUUUGCUCUCCCAGAUGGGACAAAAGCGCAGGACGGGUUGGGAGGCAGAUGGGCCGUUCUGGCCGGUUCUUUUUAGCAAUGUGAUUCUUAUUUUUGAUUUUCUCCCUGGGGUCAAUAAACUGCCAGGGGAGAGAGUGAUUUUAUAUUUGAGAAGAAAAAUAAUAAAGACUUCCAAUCUGUCUUGGCUGGACUCUGGGCACAGAGGGGAGGGAGAGAAAAUGGGCCGGGGAAUCAGACCAUUGCUUUUAAGAAAGGUGUGGCUUGUGUUCUUACUAAAGUGUGGGUGACUGAUAGCACCCAGU